UACUUUUCUUCCGUGGACACUGGAUUACUCGCGCUAAGGACUUUUCAGUUUUUGGACGUGUGGUCGCCUCCAACUUUUCGGGUGGGGAUUUCGCUGCUGCCUCAGGAAGGCUUGGACUAACUAACGCUCCGGCUCUGUGGGAACGUAUUGGGCUGUGUUCGAGUUCUGCUUUUUCUCCCCUGGCACCGUGGCUAGGUGGUUGUCAUUGUGGAUUAUAAUUGCAACAUGACACUGGAAGAGAUCGUGGCGUGCGACAACGCGGCGCAGAAGAUGCAGAUGGUGAGCGCUGCCGUGGAGGAGCUGCUGGUGGCUGCGCAGCGGCAGGACCGCCUGACUGUGGGGGUGUACGAGUCGGCCAAGCUGAUGAAUGUGGACCCCGACAGCGUGGUUCUGUGCCUCCUGGCCAUUGACGAAGAGGAAGAGGACGACAUUGCGCUGCAGAUCCACUUCACGCUCAUCCAGUCCUUCUGUUGCGACAACGACAUCGACAUCGUGCGCGUGUCCGGCAUGCAGCGCCUGGCGCAGCUGCUGGAAGAGCCGGCCGAGCCCCAGGGCAGCGCCGAGCCCCGGGACCUGCACUGCCUCCUAGUCACGAAUCCCCACACGGACACCUGGAAGAGUCAGGGGCUGGUGAAGGUGGCCAGCUACUGUGAAGAAAGCCGGGGAAACAACCAGUGGGUCCCCUACAUCUCUCUCCAGGAGCGCUGAGACCCCUGCCGGCACCAGAAGCUGCUGCCAAAAAAAAAAUCGAAUAAAUAUUUGGUCCCCCACCCCCCAGCACAACCUCCCCCCCGCCACAAAAUACCCAAUCCAUGAGAACGUCGGGGGGCAACGUCGUCGUUGGAGACUUGAGGACAAGGAGAGGGGAGCGUGGGGUCACCCCCAGGGCGGUGGCCUGGCCGUGGCGCCAUCGUCGACAGCCACGGAGAGAGGAGAAGGGGGGGAUUCCCCCUCCAGCCACCAGAAAAGGGGGGUCCCGAGGCCCAGACCUGGAGACAGAGCAGAAGCCGCCGGAGUGGGGGAGCCCUGCCUUCCUCCAUCAGCACAGAGGGCUGGGACUAUACACUUCCCGGGGUGGGGCGACACCCAUGAAGGCCCCCCACCCCAGUUGGAGCCAGGACUGCCAUGUGCAAAAGAGAAAAGGACUUGGUUGACCGAGGCUAUGGACCCUGGCCAGGGCCUUCUGCCUGGAGCUGGAGCCCGCCGUGGACCGGGCCCAGGGACUCCGGCUUUGCAAAUCACAUCAACAAUCUAUUUUGUUACUUGCACUUGUUCCUGGAACAGUCGCCGCACGGCCAGGACAGCACGCACAGAGCUCAUCUAUUUUUGUUUUCUAGGAUGGCUUUGUAAUAAAUUGGUAAAGCCUC